UGGAAAGUUCACUGGCACCUGCCAUCUCUGAUGUUAUCGCAGUACCUCUUUGGCGCUGCUUUUGCUCUUGGCCACCACUUUUACUACGUCGCCCUAGACACGACGGUCGUAGGUUCGCAGUGGUCGCUGCAGGUCGGAGUGUUCCUUGCCUUCAUCACGCAGCGGUGUUUUGUCAGUGCCGCCCUGGUGGCAUACAAGCAGUGUGCUUGG